AUGGCCGUAUCAGGACGAAAAAUUCCAGUAAACAAGGGAUUAGUUUCUGGAGGUUCGGAAGAAGAUUCCGGUCAAAGUUGGUGUGGCCCCUGUCUGGCCUUUGAUAAACAUGAAGAGUCUUGUGGAUUUUGUGUGGACUGUCAUGAAUAUCUCUGCAAGAACUGCUAUAUAUAUCACCAAAGAGUAAAAGCUACAAAACAUCAUCGAUUAUUGGAUAAAGAUCAGAUGAGUGAGGAAGGUAUUCCUUCUACUACUUCAGACGUCUGCACAGAACGAUGUUCUAUUCAUAAGAAUGAAGUACUCAAGUUCUACUGUCCCAAACACGACGUACUCGGCUGUACAGACUGUAUGACCUUGAACCACAGGGCGUGUGACCUUGUCUACAUCCCUGAUAAAUGCAAAGAUAUUGGAGACAGUCAUGAAUACACGGACACAAUCAGAAAACUUCAAGAAAAAUCAAACAAAGUAAAAGAUAUAACGUCAAAGGCUGCUGUAAAAGAUAAAGAAAUAGACGAGAUGUAUGAUGCAGCAACUAAAGACAUUUGCAAGUAUAGACAAGAAAUAAACGACCGUUUAGAUGUCAUUCAAACAAAGUCGCAGACUGAAAUCAACCAUAGAAGGUCUUCAGACAAACAGAAAGUUCAGUCUGCCAUUUCUUCAUGUAACACUUAUUCCUCAGAAAUAAACAAACUUCAGGCAUCUUUACAGGACAGCAAGACACGGAAGGAAAACGGUCAACUAUUUAUUGACCUCAAGAGGGCUAAGUCUGCAUUAACAACAACAUCCAUACAGCAAGCUGAAGAAAGUUUAGACAAGGUGAAUGCAAAAUACGAGGUUAAACGUAAUGAGGACAUCGGGAGCAUACUGUAUCAGGAAGCGGCUUUGGUGAAACUUUGUGAGCUUCCAACAAAAUUGCCUACUCCAGCACGGAAGACAGAGAUAAGAUCUCUCAGCCAUAAAGAAGAUAUAAACGUGAAAACUAAUACUGACAAAGGAACAUGCUGUAUUACUGGAUGUGAAGUCUUGACAACUGACAAGCUUGUCCUUGCUGACAAUUCGAACAAAGCGGUAAAAAUCGUGGAUUUACAAAGAAAGGUUGUGAUCGAAGAGAAAACCAUUGGUGCACAUCCAUAUGAUAUAGCCGUUCUCCCUAAGAACCAGAUUGCUGUAACAGUCGAAAGGAAAAUUCUGAUUAUGACAACAGCGGGCAGACUGUCAACUGAUAGCACCUUAGCCACUGCAGGAAUUUGCUUUGGUAUCAUUUUCCAUGAGAACAAACUAUAUGUUGUGUGCCAGGACCCUAGACAAGUACUUGUUUUAGAUAUGAAGGGUAACGUUAACAACACAAUAUCACUAAAAGACCCUGGAAGAUUUUUUAAUGUAAGAGAUAUUGCUAAAAGUUCCGAAGAUAAAAGUAUCUAUGUGAGUACCUACGGUACCUGCCCUUUCAUACGUUUAUCUUUAGGAGGUGAAAUAACUGCUGUAUACAACGGCUUUACGAAAAAUGUUCAGGAACCUCGAGGAAUGCUUAUGAUUGAUGACGGGUCAAUUCUGGUGUGCUGCAGUGGUUCAGGUAAAAUUUACCGCCUCUCUAAAGACAUAGCACAAGGUCGGGUGAUAAAAGAUGGUCUAAACGGACCACGUUGUAUAAGCUACUGUCCAAACAGAUAUGAAGUCUACGUUGGCUGUUUCAGUGAUUAA